AUAUCUACGUGUGGUGGAUCCGCGACGAGGGAGAUAGUGAGGUACCUCGAACUCUUGCCAGGCUACGGAAAACUACCAUUCCUAGAGAGAGAGAGAGAGAGAGAGAGAGAGGGAGAAUUUUGUUAGAGAUCUAGAGUGAGAAGUGAGAGGGAGCUGACCCAUUGCUAGGAAGGAGAUGGGGUGCUCGUUCUCGGGGCUGAAUGCUCUGUACGACGCCGUCAACGGCGGUGGUGACGUCUGGAUCAAUGAUAACCGGUUCCGGAUCGUCCGCCAGCUCGGCGAGGGUGGCUUCGCCUACGUAUACCUCGUGAAGGAGAUCCUCUCCGACCCCGCCAAACCCGGAGUGUCCAAGAAAUUCAAGGACCCUUCUCAUGCCUCUGAGAAUGGAACUUAUGCAAUGAAGAAAGUUCUUAUUCAGAAUAGUGAACAAUUGGAUUUGGUGAAGGAAGAGAUCCGUGUUUCAUCACUGUUUAGUCAUCCCAAUCUGCUUCCUCUCCUUGAUCAUGCUAUCAUAGCUGUCAAGGCCUCUGAAGGUCAAUCUUGGAAGCAUGAAGCAUACUUAUUGUUUCCUGUCCAUAUGGAUGGAACCUUGCUGGACAAUGCCACGGCUAUGAAAGCAAAGAAGGAGUCCUUUUCUACCACAGAUGUUCUUCAAAUAUUUCGUCAGCUUUGUGCAGGACUCAAGCAUAUGCACAAUUUUGAACCAUCCUAUGCACAUAAUGAUGUAAAACCUGGCAAUGUCCUUUUGACACAUAGAAAAGGGCAACCACCUCUUGCAAUAUUGAUGGAUUUUGGAAGUGCUCGUCCUGCAAGAAAGCAAAUACGGUCUCGUUCAGAGGCUUUACAGUUGCAGGAAUGGGCAUCUGAGCAUGUCUCAGCACCCUUCCGAGCUCCUGAACUAUGGGAUUGCCCAAGCCAUGCUGAUAUUGAUGAAAGAACUGAUAUCUGGUCAUUGGGUUGUACUUUAUAUGCAAUAAUGUAUGGAGUGUCCCCGUUUGAGUAUGCGCUUGGGGAAGCCGGUGGAAGCCUACAGUUGGCCAUUGUAAAUGCUCAGGUAAAGUGGCCAACAGGUCCCUCUGACCCCAAAUAUCCCGAAGCCCUUCACCAGUUCGUGACAUGGAUGCUUCAGCCUCAAGCAACCGUUCGCCCCCACAUAGAUGAUAUUGUGAUUCAUGUUGAUAAGUUGAUCUCAAAGUUCUCUCACUGAGAGGUCGCCCUCUCAACCUGAGAGACAUGCUCAUAGUUACUUUGCGAAAAAUAUGAUAAGAAGCAUAGCUCGCCAUUGGUUAGGGACAACAUACUGGAGGAGGUUUUUGCAGUUGCAUUUGUUUUGGUUUUAAUUCAAGAAAUGGCCAAUAUCUAGCUUUUGCUCUGUGAUUUAUGAGUGCCUGAACUUCAAUGUGGAUUCAUAAAAUGUCUUAUAUCUAGUUUAAGUAAAUGGUUACAUUCAUUUUUAUUAUAAUAUAUACGUUCAUUUCAAAUGAA